UGAAUGUGGCAGGGAAUUCGAAGUUGUUUGUGGGUUCGCUGUUUGAUGGGCGAUAGUUUCGUCGAAAAUUUGGGUUUUGUUCGUUGAAGAGGGAAAUCGAGAACCCAUGGAGUGUCUGUUCGGAUUCGUGGGGGAUGGGUUUGCGCUGGUUGUCGCGGAUACGUGCGCCAACCAGAGCAUUGUGGUGCAGAAGACGACGGAGGACAAAAUUACGUGCCUGGACUCGCACAAGCUUCUUGGUUGCAUUGGUGAGAGCGGCGACAGGGUGCAGUUCUCUAAUUUCAUUCAGAAGAACAUGAAUUUGUACCACUUUCGGAAUGGAAUCCCCUUGUCGACAUCCGCUGCUGCCAGUUUCACCCGCUGUGAGCUUGCCACAGCUUUAAGAAAGGCUCCAUAUCAGGUGAAUAUGAUGAUGGCUGGGUAUGACAAACGUACUGGGCCUUGUCUGUUUUACUUAGAUUACAUUGCAACACUGCAAAAGCUGAACAAAGGUGCUCAGGGCUUUGGAGCAUAUUUCAUACUUUCCCUGUUCGACAAGUAUUACCAAAAGAAUAUGAAUGUAGAGGAAGCGCUUCAGUUGGUAGACAAAUGUAUUUGGGAGAUAGGAACAAGGAUGGUUGCAUCUCCAGCUAACUAUGUAAUCAAGAUUGUGGACAGGAAUGGUGCCAGGCUGUUGGCACGACGAGGAAGAAAUAUGUCACCAAACUUGCCAUAUGCGAAGAUAUCUUAAAAUAGUAAAGAUUUCAAGUAAUUGAAAUGAGUCCCAGGCACAUGAUUGAUCUUUUUCGUUCAACAAACCUCUUCGAAGGCACAAGGACAGCAUUGUUUGUAUUCUUUGCUGGCAUUCAACGCUCCGCAUAGAGCAGGAAGUCAAAAAUCAUGUUGUAACUAAAUUGAAAUUAAAAUGUUGCAUGUUUACAAAUUAUAGCAAAUUUCUAUGAAAAAAAUAAUUAAUUAAAAGUUUGUCAAGUUAAUUUCAUAAUUAGAAUAUUGUUAAAAAUAUUUAAUAAUAAUACUUUUUUGGUUUUAAAUGUUUGAUAUAAAUAGACAAGCUAUAUAUAAGGCAAUGCUUUUGAAAGUCUAUGAUUUUUAAUAUUAUUAAUUUAAGAAUCUAUCAAUU